AUGAAUCAUCAGGAAAAUUUCAACAUGAAAUUCGUCCUUUUUACUCUACUUGCACUUAUUAUUGCAAUUAAUGCGAAUCCAGUGUAUCGAAGCUGUAAAUGUAAAGCAGUUUCUAAUACAGUUCACUUUACAUUUCACUCAUGGGAUAUAUCCUCGUGCACCUUUUGCUCAUGUAAAGAUGCAGCCAUGGCAAAUUGCGAACAAGCUUGUAAGAGUGCAGUAGAAUCAUAUGCAAGUACUGGAUGUGGUAAAACAAUUAAAGGCAGUAAAGUGAAAUAUGCAUGGGAUGCUGGUUCAUGUUCAAGUGGUAUCAGCUCAACAGAAUAUACGUGCGCUUAG